CGUAUACAGUUGAGAACAUAAACGACAACUUUUCAGUUAGACGACUAUAGUCUUCUCAUCGAGGAACCCCAAUUUUCCCUCCCCUUUGCCCCCUUUUACUUGUCCCCAUCUCUUUCUCCUGAUUCCGCGCAGUGUUUCAAUGGAAGAUCAAGCCAAAAAAAUGGAGGCUUUGAAGAAGGCUUACGCGGAGAUCAUACUGAAUACAGCGAAAGAGGCAGCUGCUCGAACAAUGGCGUCGGAGUGUAAAGCACUUCGCUUUCAUCACGAUCUGCGUCACACUAAAGACGAGGCGCUUCAGAUGCUUCUUCGAUUCAAACACAUGAUCGACUCCAAGACAACUGAAGCAGAAAAGUCAUCUGUGAAUCAGAAAAAAAGAAUUGAUGAGUUGGAUGCCCAACUUAAUGAAACAGAAGAGGUGAUAGUGAAUCUUAGAGCAGAACUAAGGAAUGCACAUGAACGAUUAGAGGAAGCAAAAAACAGUCACAUGCAUCAGUCAAAUGAACCAUCUGAAAACAACCACAUGGAUAAUUCCGAAACUACCCCUCUUAAAAACAACCCAAACAUCAAUGAGAAGUUAUAUCGAAAUGGAUACACUCACAGAAUUCGAGCCAUUGAGAAUAAUGUGGUGGAUGAAAAAUGCAUUUCUGAUGAUGAUAAAUCUGCUCACGAAAUCUGCAGAAAAAGAGAUGAAAUAUUGACAGAAAAUAGUCUUCGUAGAAGCAUCCGGAAAAGGAAAGUCAGGUGUUGGGAUGAAAUUUCUUCAUUGUUCAAGUCACGUUGCAAGAAGUACUCAAACAAUGAUGAUGUCAAGUCUGAAGAACAUUGGCACAAAUCCAAAUCAUUGGCUGAAAUGAGUCACAUAUCAGCAUCUACAAUUACAAAUGCUUCUGAAGAUGAAGUUGUUGGAUCAGAUUCUAUUUUAUCUGGUUGUGGUAAUGAUAAAAACAGGCAUCUCAAGUAUACAUUCAGCAGGAAGCGAAAGAAGGAUUUAUCGUGUAAAAUUGAUAACAAAAAUGCAAAUUUAAAGGAAGAGGCAUCUAAUGAUAAUACCCACAACAUGGUUGAGGUUGAGGUUGAGGUUGCCUGUCAGUUAAUUUCCUUGUCUGGGGCACAUAGUUUGUGAAGGAGGUCAAUGCUUUAAAAUGCGGUCAAAUCCAGUUUAGAUGCCUCUUCGGGGUAAUGGGUUCCGGUCCAUUCUGUAAUUUUUUUUUUUUUAUAUAUAUAAUAUUUUAUAAGUAAUUAAUGUACUAAAUAUAAGAGUAAAUUACAACUUUGGUCCCUGUCGUAGAAUGGUUGUUUUGGAUUUGCUCCAAAAAAAUAAAUUUUUGUUGAUAUGGUUUACUCUCGUAAUCAUAUCAAGUACAUGGUUUUAGUUUAA